AUGCCAUCUCUCUCUAUUUUCUCUACACUCUCCUUUCCUCCUUCCCCACUCCAGCCUUCUCUCUCUAUUCCUCCUCUCUCUCUCCUCUUUCCCUACUCCAACCAUCUCUCUCUGAUUCCUCCUCUCUCAUAUUUCCCCACUCCAACCAUCUCUAUUCCCCUCUCUCUCCUCUCCUCUUUCCACACUCCGCCUUCUCUCAUUCCUUCUCUUUCUCCUCUCCUCUUUCCUCACUCCAACCUUCUCUCUCUUUCCCUCUCUCUCCUCUUUCCCCACACCAACCUUCUCUCUCCUCUCCUCUUUCCCCACACCAACCUUCUCUCUCCUCUCCUCUUUCCCCACACCAACCUUCUCUCUCCUCUCCUCUUUCCCCACACCAAUCUUCUCUCUCCUCUCCUCUUUCCCCACACCAACUUUCUCUCUCCUCUCCUUUUUCCCCACACCAACCUUCUCUCCCCUCUCCUCUUUCCCCACACCAACUUUCUCUCUCCUCUCCUUUUUCCCCACACCAACCUUUUCUCUCCUCUCCUCUUUCCCCACACCAACCUUCUCUCUCCUCUCCUCUUUCCCCACACCAACCUUCACUUUCUCUUACCCUUUUUCUCCUCUUCGCCACUCCACUCUCUCUCUUCCUCUGCAUUUUUGUCUCUCUUUGUUUCUCUCUUUCUAUACUUUAUCACCUUUGCUUCUAACUUCUCUCUCUUUCUCCUUUUAGUUGCUUUCUUUUCCUCUAUUCCCCUCUAUCUUUCUCUCUUUUUUCUCCUUCCUCUCAUUUGCUUUCAUUUCCUCUAUUCCCUUCUAUCAUUCUCUUUCUUCUUUUUCUCCUUCCUCUCAUGUCUCUUUCCAUUUCACCUUUUGUCUCCGAAGUGUUUUCUUUACUUCUUUCUCUCUCCUUUUCUAUCACUUUCCUCUUUUCUUUUCCUUCACUUUGUCCUUCCUUUCUUUAUUCUCCUCUCUCUUUCUAUCCUUAAAUGUUUUCUUUAUUUCUUUCUCUCUUCUUUUCUAUCACUCUCUCUCUCUUUCUUUAUUUGUUCACUCCUCUAUUCACAUCUCUUAUUUUCUCCCUUAAACUCUCUCUUUCUCUCUAUUCUUUUCUACAUUUCUCUUAACCUAUUUUCUCAAUUCUUUUAUCCUGGCAUCCGCCAAUAUUCCUUUGAAUAUUGGGACAGGAAUUGGCAAAAUGCACAAAUGUCAUUUACAGAUGUGUCACCUGAUUGGAUUUGGAUGGCAAAUGAAUCCCUGCUUUGUGUCACUGCCACCAAACUAUCCACACAUGUCCAUCCCCCCUCAUAUAACUGGACAGGUGCUGUAUGCAUCGCCCACAGUGAUUAA